AUGGUUUGGGGGGGAUCUGGAUCUAGGCUCGUGGCAGCAGCGGCCUUUGCUUUAUUCUAUGGUGGCCAACACCAGGUGUCUGCUACCUACUGCAAUAACACUGUCACCGAGUUUAUCACGUCAAAAUGGACCUAUAUGCAGUUAUCCACUGUCUAUCAGCCGGGGAUAGAACACACUUACACGACUACUGAGACCUGCUACGUUACAAUUACUGAGCAUCCUCAUCCGGUUACUGUCACGCAAACGCUAGUCAUCAAUUCAACCCAUACAGAGACCUUACCAAUCACCGUUGUUGAAACUGAAACGGCGACGACAACCGAUUUGAAAACGACUACGGAUCUGGAGACAACGGUCAAGACAGAUACAAGUACUGAGACUACAGUGACAACGGAUUGGCAGACACAAACAUAUACUUCAUACAUCACGGAAACAACCUCAUUGCCUGGUACCACCGUAACUGCGAAUGGAACAACGAUCACAAUGCCUCCGGUGACGGUUGUCAACACCUUUACAACAGUCUUUACGACUACUGAAAAAGUCACAGACACCGAAACUGCGACGGCGACAACAACGGCUACCACCACCUCAGUAUCCACCACUACUUCUGUCUCCACAGCCACUAGAGAUGUGACUCGGACCUCCACUGUUACCGAUUGGAAGACAAUUGUCACGCCAAUAUACAUCACAAAGACCACAAUCAAAUAUAUUCCUACAACUAAGCUUUUAACUACUACAAAGUCAAAGACAAUAGUAUCAAGCGAGUAUAUCACGACAAGCGUCUUAGUAACAGUAUUGACAACCCUCACAUCUCAAACGACGCUCACCACCAAGGAGACUUAUCUUAGCACUAUCACUGAGAAAACCACUGAGAGGAUCACCGAGAAGUUCACCGACACGACCACCGCAACAGAGACUAGCACCACAACUGCAACAAGCGUUGUAACCUCAGUUACCACAUCUGAAACAACUUAUUAUUCUCCUACGACGGUUUAUCAGACUACAGUAGAAACUCUGCCAGGGACAACAAUUACGACAAGUUAUCCUGUGACAACAAGUGUUCUGGUAACUGAUACGGAGACAUUCACGACCAUUCGCACAGUUUUCCAAGAUGUUUACGUUACGAUUGAUAGACCUGUUACUACCACUGAAAGGUAUACUAGCACAACGACUGCCACAAGUAUGGUGACUUCAGUUGUUACUUCAGAGACCACUUAUUUCGUCCCGACAACCCUAUACUCCACGUUCACAACGACUACGCAACUCCCAGGGACAACAGUCGUUCUCACCACAAGCUAUCCGGUAACUACAAGCGUUCUUGUAACCGAUUUCGAGACAUAUACAACAGUUCAGACCGUCUUUCAAGAUGUGCUCAUCACAAUUGACCGACCCGUCACUACAACUGAGAGGAUUACAACCACGACACCUGUCACAUUGACUGAGACUGAGAGAAUCACAACUACAACUCCAGUGACAGUUACUGAAAGUUAUACCAGUUUUGCAACUGUAACAACUGUGGCGACCUCAGUAGUUGUGAAUUGGAGUGUGGGAGAAUAG